AUGAAUACAGUUAUCUAUGAUGAUGUGCAUGUUGACUUCACUUGGGAAGAAUGGACUUUGCUGGAUCCUUCCCAGAAGAAUCUCUACAAAGAUGUGAUGCUAGAGACCUAUAGGAAUCUCACUAUUAUAGGAUACAGUUGGGAAGACCAUAAUAUUGAAGAACAUUGUCAAAGUUCUAGACAACAUGAAAGGAAUGAAAGAAGCCAAACUACAGAGAAACCUUCUGUGUAUAAUCAAUGCAGUAAAAGCAUUGCAUGUCAAAAUAAACUUCAAAAGCAUAAAAGAUCACAUACUGGAGUGAAAUCUUUUGUACAUAAUCAAUGUGAUAAAGCCUUUGCAUGUCACAGUCGUCUUCAAAUGCAUGAAAGAACACAUACUGGAGAGAAACCCUUU